GAAUAGUUAAUUGACAUUUUGCUCUGAUUGGUUUGAUUAGGCCCUCCAUAAUGCCUUUUCCCUUUACUCUGUAUACUCACUGGUAAAGAAAAAAAAGAAAUCAGAAAUGGUUAUCACAACCUUCAACGGAGCUGGCGUUGGAUUUGGUUUCGGCGUAGGUUGCGGUUUCGGUAUAGGAUGGGGUUUCGGAGGUAUGCCAUUGAACUUAUUGGGUCUUGGUGCAGGUGGAGGUUGUGGCGUUGGAGUAGGACUUGGUUGGGGGUUUGGUACUGCCUUUGGUAGCAAAUAUAGGUCCUCACGGGUCACAUUUCAAGGAGUGGAAUUUGAUAGCAAGGAGACAGUUAACAGCAAGGAGUUCUCAAAGCCCAGUACAGAAGUUGCUCAGCACAGAUCCAACAAAGACUGUUGGGUGGUGAUCAAUGGAAGAGUUUUGGAUGUGACAAGGUUUUUGGAGGAACACCCGGGAGGGGAAGAGGUGAUUCUAGAAGUGGCUGGGAAGGAGGCGACGAAGCAAUUUGAUGCCAUUGGACACAGCAAAGCAGCACAAAACAUGGUACUAAAGUACCAGGUUGGUGUUCUCGAAGGUGCCAAGGUUGAAGAGGUAGACAUGAACGAUGAUGUUGUUGAGAUGGAAUCCAACAGCAAAGAGAUGAGUGCCUUCGUCAUCAAAGAUGAUGGAAACUAUAAGUCAACCUCAUUUUACGAGUUCUUUGUUCCUCUUGUUGUUGCUGCUCUCUACUUUGGCUAUCGAUGCCUCACCGUCCCUCAAUACUAGCUCUUCUUAUUCAAAAUUGUUCAUCAUAUAAUCAAUUGCUUUAUGCUGCAUGUCUCAGCUUUUAAUUCAGAUUGUUGCUUAUUGAUAUCUAUCUACUGGAACAUGUAAUAAUAUAUAUAUAUUAUUCACAUGAUUUUGUAUUUGAAA